AUGUUCUUGUGUUCACAAAAUUUCCCUAUAUCACAAUCUGCCAAGUCUUUCCGGUCAACCCUCCGGCCAACGACGUCAUUCUAUUUAUCCCCGCGAACACUCCGGAAACAGUUUCCUCUUUUCGCAUAUCCACGUCAAAUAACAACCAUGUCGUCUGCUACAUCCUUCUUCGAUUUUGAGCCUGUCGAUAAAAAGGGCGCACCAUUCCCUCUCUCUUCGCUGAACGGCAAGGUCGUGCUAGUCGUGAACACCGCCUCAAAAUGUGGCUUCACGCCCCAGUUUGAAGGUUUGGAGAAGCUUUACCAGAAUCUGAAGGCCAAGUACCCUGAAGACUUCACCGUCAUCGGAUUCCCAUGCAACCAGUUCGGAAGCCAGGACCCUGGCUCGGACGAUGAAAUCCAAUCUUUCUGCCAGCUCAACUACGGCGUCACAUUCCCAGUGCUCGGAAAACUUGAUGUCAACGGCGCUAACGCUGCACCGGUGUGGACUUUCCUGAAAGAGCAGCAGCCUGGAAUCAUGGGCAUUAAGAGCGUUAAGUGGAACUUUGAGAAGUUCCUUGUCUCUGCCGAUGGCAAGGUUGUCAACCGCUGGGCUUCCCUUACCAAGCCCGAGGGACUCCAAGACACCAUUGUUAAGGAGAUUGAGAAGGCGAAGAAGGCGGGCACUCUUGCUUCACAGAAGAAGGAAGCUGAUGCUGAGCAGGCUAAGCUGUCGUAA